UUAUUAAUUUUACACAUUACUUCCUGCUUUGUUAAACAUGAAGGCAAUAGUAAUAUUCUUAAUUCUCUGCUACAUAUGUCAUAUAAAGACUGUGCCAGUUGAUAGUGGCAAAGAUUUUUCGCGAGGAAAUGUGGAAACAUUACAAUCGAAUGGAAAUAAUAAUCCGGAAGUCGAUUUAAAAACGAAUGAUAAGGAAUUACUAUCAACGGCAGAGAGUAAUGAUUAUGUGUAUCGACCUCUCUUCGUGUACAGACGGAUUGAGCAUAGUAAACGUAGGAUCACUAUGUAUAACUCUUUCGCUGGUUAGAACAUUGUUGUCAUGGCCGGUAUAUCACCAUUUCAUGAUUAUACAAACAAAGUAAAUUCCAAGUUCAAUGACGGAUUCAUAAUGAAUUCUCCUUACAAAGUUCUCAAACACUUAGACAAUUCAAUUCUGAAGGCAACUAAAAAUGUUACACAAAAUCCUAAAAUGGAAGAAAACCUUUAUCAAAUUUCGAAAGAUUUAGUUUCUGCAAUUUUGACUAAGCUUGAAAUCCAAGAUAAAAUAACUAGGAUCACGCGAGAAGCUCUAGAUGCGCCUGGUAAAACAAAAGGAAUGACCGCAAUAGAAACAAGACGUAUUUUAGAUUACAUAUCAAGGACGUUAUCGGGCCAUAUACUUACAAUAACUAGGGCAUCAACAGAACCUGAACUACAUCGUUUAGUAUUUGGCUUAGCACAAAUAGCUGCUGAGGUGUCAAUUGUUUCAGCGUUAAAGGAUAUAACAUACGCCACAGCAUUAUCUAAAAAGCAAUCAGUGGAUUUAUCGUUUCGUAGAAAGAGGUCUGUCACGUCCAUAGGGGAAAAGGCUAACACAACACCGGUACCAGCCAAUAGUUUACUGUCGACGGUUUACAGUGCUAUAUUGAAUAAAUCAAUUAAUUCAGUUGGUCUACAAAAUAUUUAUUCCAAUAAAAUCACAGGUGAACAAAUAAAUCCCUAUUCGGUUAUUUCAAAACAUGAACGAAAAACUGUUCAAGUUUUGUCUAGUAAGAAAAAGUCUUUGACUUCGGUUCCCAAAGGCUUUUUAAAUCAAACAGCUCUCGACAUCGAAAACAAUGGCACAAAUGUGACUGAUAGUGAUGCAAUUAUUUUAGAAAACAAACUAAACGUAACUCGUUUGGUAAACAAGCAGUCUUUGGAUACACAAGAACCAAAUGUACCUAGCCUUGUUGAUGACUGGAUAGAUCCAAAAGAAAAUAUGUAUGGUCUUAACCCCGAUCUAGUAGCUGAAAUGGAAAUAGACCAACCAAUAACAGAGGAUGAAACUUUUAACGAAAAAAAAGCAAAACAAAAAUUAGAACGUCUAGAAUUAAAAGCUAAAAAGGCUAUACUUUACGCUGGGGAUGUUGCUUACUUGACUGCUGCCAGCGUUGUGGCUUUGAGGCGUGCUCUAACGGCCUCCAUAGAAGUUCAUAUGUCGGUGAACUAUGCUAAGAAUGGCAUGUCAAACCAUCAAGAUCUGAUGAUGAACUUAGCAAAAACAGCAGCACAACAAGCUGGAAAAGAGGCUAAAAGUGCAACUUCGAAGUCACUUGCUUGCGAACGUGUCAUCAAAUUGGCUUUAAAAUAUACUGCUCAGUCAAAAGGGGCUAAACUAAAUCAUGUUGCAAGCAGAAUUGUAAUGGAUACAUUGUCUUUGGCAACACUCGCCAAAUCAAUGGCUUUUGUGUCUUCUGAUAUCGCUAUUAAUUCCUUAUAUCAGGCUACUGAUGUUAAACCACCUUCGUAAUUUCGUGCAAUAUUAUAUGUUUUAUUAAUAACAUUUUGUUUUAUAUUCCUCGUGUUAUAUUAUAUCAGUAAUAUGUAAUAAAUCUUUAGAAUUUAUAUUUUAAUUUUAUAUAGUUUGAUAGAUUUUUAUUCUGCAGCCACGAUACAACCUAGUACACGCGAUAGAAGUGAAACGAUUUUAGGUACGUAAACUUUUACUGU